AUCGGUGUUGGCUUCAAGCUUGCUUCGUAUCCUUUUCACCGUUCGUCCACACCUACAAAGGUUUACAGGUUCCCUCUUAUUCGGCCUUAACUACGCUAUCAUUUCCAAUAUAUCCAGGACCUCUGCUUAUUUCUCGCGAGAACGCUUCUCGUUGAACGAUGGAGCUCUCGCAGCCUUCCGACGAGUCCAAGGUCUUGAUGAUCUACACAGGUGGAACGAUUGGAAUGCUUGUCGGAAAACAAGGCUAUGUUCCCGAACCAUAUUUUCUCACCGAGACGCUGCGUAGUCAGCAUCGCUUUCAUGAUCCUCUAGAGGAAUCCUUGUUCUCCCAUUCUGCCUCAGUUGAAGGAUUCCGUUCAUGGAGUAAUCAUAGCAGCAGGACCAGUCCCACUCAAUCACCGUCAAGCAGCCGCGCUACUUCUCCAGGCCCUUCUUCAAAUCCUAAGCCUGCCGUCCAUCAAGCAUCUUCUCUACCCGUUAGGUCAUCGCGUCCAAUUGGUCAUGCAAGCUCGUUAUCUGCAGCUCCCGAUCGCCAACCUCCCCCGGGCGGACACGUAUCGUGCUCAAAAAUAGCUGAAAACGUGUACGAGGCGCAUCUGCCUAGUCUCGUAACCCCACGUACCUCCGCCAAUGGAUCCAAUAACAAGCGGAUUCGUUAUGUGGUCCUUGAGGUACUUUUCAGAUUGUUUAUUGCUUUUGCAAUAGCUUAUCACCUUCAGUGGAAUCCACUAUUGGAUAGUAGCAAUAUGGAAAUUGAUGACUGGAUCCGCAUUGCUACCGAAAUAGAACUCAAUUACGCGACAUUUGACGCGUUCGUGGUAUUGCAUGGCACGGACACGAUGUCUUAUACAUCUUCCGCGCUCGGGUUUUUGCUCGAGGAUCUAGGAAAGACAGUGAUUGUUACGGGAGCUCAGAUUCCAUUAUCCCAACUACGGAACGAUGCUGUCGAUAAUUUGCUAGGAUCUUUGACAAUUGCCGGCCACUACAUUAUACCAGAGGUCUGCCUAUAUUUCAAUCAUACCCUGUACCGCGGUAAUCGUGUCUCAAAAUUCUCGUCCAAUGACUUCAAUGCGUUCAACAGUCCCAACUUUCCGCCAUUAGUCAAUGUCGGGAUCGAUAUCACCAUAAACUGGAACGAUGUUAUUCGACAAACCAGUCUCCGCCGAUUCAAGGCCCACAAAGAGAUGAGCCCGCAUGUAGCCACCCUUCGACUUUUCCCUGGCAUCACGGCCGCGACCGUUCGGGCGUUCCUUAUUCCACCCACAAGAGGUGUAGUAUUGGAAACUUUCGGAGCAGGCAAUGCACCACAACGCGCUGAUCUUAUGACGGCACUCAAAGAGGCUUGCGAUCGCGGUGUUGUAAUAGUUGCGAUUUCACAAUGUGCGAAGGGUUCAGUCUCGGCGGCUUACGAGACCGGUCGCAGCUUGCUUACGGCGGGAAUUGUCUCUGGAGGCGACAUGACGCCGGAAGGUGCUCUGACCAAACUUAGCUAUCUCCUUGGAAAGCCGGAAUUGUCAACUGCUGAAGUCCGGUCUCUCAUCGGCACGCCCCUGCGAGGCGAGCUAACGUUGCCGCCGAGCUACAUGCCAACCAGUCGCAGUUCACAGGCAGGAAUAGACGAUUCUCUAGGCAACAUCCAGGGUCUCCUUUCCCAGGCUGUCCGACUCAUGAUAACUCGUCCUCAUAUGCCUACGAUUGUCAUUUCCCCAGAACCUAAGUCAGACGCUACAGAUUCUACUGCGCCUUGGUCAUGGACUGCCACUGAAGCCUCCAUGACUGAGGUAGCGCUGUUUCCUUUCCUGAUGCACCUUGCCGCAGCAAAAGACGACGUAGAAGGCAUUAAGUUCUGUUUGCAAUCGGAAACCUCGCAAGGAUUAGAUCAUGAGGGCCUUGAGCUUCUUGUCAAUCGGAACACUGCCAUACGAGGCGGUCUUGUGAAUUGCGUGGAUCCUGCUUCUGGGAGAUCACCGUUGCAUGUGGCCGCUUUGAACGGAAGUGCGGCGUGCGUAAAGGUCUUACUUGAGGCAGGAGCUCUUGUCCACCUCAGAGACAACCUGGGCCAUACCGCCUUAUACUAUGCCGCUCGUCAGGGUCACGAACAUGUAGUUGAUCUCCUCGUCAAAGUAGGUGCGAACCUCGGCGGAUCGGAUAUUGAAGGUGGUUUCGUAUCGCUCAUAAUGAAAAGGGCCAUGCUCGCAAAUGACGAACGUGCAGUGAAGAUUUGGACAAUGACGGGAGAAAAAUGAAGCAUAGAGAUGUAUUGUAUUACAGACCAAGAUACCAUAAGAUUUCAUCAUAGAGAUAGAUAUACACGCAUCGCAGCAUACGACUUCAUGACUCUAGAUAGACCAAGACAGGAUACAUGUUAGAUCACAUCGCACCAGAGGGGCAACCGCAAAGAUCAGUCAUCACCUGCUAGUUCAUCCUCCU